UCUUUUUAUCAUCUUAAUAUGCAUUCACUAAUCUGUGGCCUCACAUCACCUUUUUUCCAAUCUGUUGUUUUAUUUUUUUUGGUUGGGUUGAGAUGUAAUGAUCCGAGUCAUUUCCUUAUUAUAAAAUUGAAAUGUAGAACUUGUCAACUUCACAAUUAUUAAAAUAAUAAUCCCACGAUAUUCAUCAUAAACCAUGUAGAAUACCAGUUCCUACUCAGCCAUAUAUAGCUCUACUUCACUUAGUUUCUCCUUCAUUUAUCUACAAAAAUCAAAAGUGGCCAAAAAUGCAAUUAGGCAGCUCUUAUUUCUUCACCAGACGUUCAAGCAGAGGGUUGGUGUCUUGUGAAGAAUACCAUGAGGGAGCAACGGUGGCAAUUCCAUUCAAUUGGGAGUCAGAACCUGGCACGCCUAAAGUCAAGUCUUGUGAAAUCCCCCGCCUCCCUCCUCUAACGCCCCCACCUUCCUACUUUUAUGCCACUCCCAAAAGAACAUCUGUUAAACAGCACUCAAAGCCUAAACUUCUUAAUACCAUCUUCCCUAAGCGUCUCAGGAGAAAACCUCGUGUGCAACUUUCUCCUGCUGCUUCUUCUUCAUCAUCAUCCUCGUCGGCUUCUUCAUCGCGUUCAUCGUCACCGUGGCCAAGAGCGUAUUCCGUGCCAUCAUCUCCAAUAAGUGCAUCUAACUUAUAUGCAGGUAAUGAGUUACCAAGGGGAGAACUAUUCUCCGGUUCAAGGGCGGCUGACAAGGAAGACCAUGAAUACAAAUACUCCGUUUCAACUCCAUGUUUUGGUUGUGGUGGUGGAACAGGUCCUAUGUCUCGAGGUUUUUGUUCAACAAUGCUCAAGGCAUUGCUUAGGGACCGAUAAGUUAUCAUGUUCCAUGGUACUAUCCCAUCUAUAUAUAUUUCUAUGGAGUUUUGGGUUGUUAUGUAUGGUUAAAAAGUGUAGCCGGCUGUGUUACAGAAUCGAAGUCGUUUUCGUUAGUAAUUGAAAUAGAUCCUAAUGAUGAAUUAGUGGUUGGAAAAAAAGCGAAAUGUUAUCUAAA